AUGCAAAAUAACGAAAUACUUCAAUGUCUAGACGACAUACAAUCGGAAAUAGACAAUGAAUAUGAAAAGUUUGCACGGGAAGACUUCGAAUGCAAGCUAAGGUGGCACAAAAUAGUCAAGCCGCUUUUUGCAAAAUGUAGAGAGUUUGUGCACAGAUUGCCUGACUUCUCGAACACAUACUGGGAGCAGGUGCUUUUGAACUAUGAAAUUGCAAAGGCAUUGCUUCCUGUUGACGAGGAUGGCAACAUAGAUGCCAAAUGGAUAAAAUUGCUAGAAGUUGACUACCUCGAUGGAUACAUGUACAGGGUUCAUGCUGAGCUGCAUGAAAAUAACUUCGUAGGCAAUGCCACGCUUACAAAGAUGAUUUGCCUGAAUCAAAAAAGAGUUGAGACAACCGCAGUUGAGUGGAAGAAUGAUGUAAGGUGGCCUGUUUUUGCAUUUUUUGAAAGCAUGGACGAGGAUCUUGAGGUAUUUGACAUCCUCUAUGAAGCAUACUUCAACUCUGCGUUUUAUUUCCUGACCGCUCAGACAACUUAA